CCGGUGACGCCCGGAUGGAGGCGCCCCGCCGCCCCGGGGCUCGGUGGGCGGGGCUGGCGGCGGCCCCGCCCCCCGCACGGGGCUGAGCGGGGCGGCGGCGGCAAGAGGCGGCGGCGGCCCCGAUCUUCUGAAUUUGGCUCCUGAUUAAAGUUGACAGAUAAUGGAAACAUUUCCUUGGCGAUGUCUCUGGGGCGGCUUCUCCGACGUGCCUCUUCAAAAGCCUCUGACCUCCUGACCUUAAAUCCUGGUGGCAGCAGCAGUUCAUCCUCCGUGCUCGAUGGGGAGAUUAUCUACUCCAAGAACAAUGUCUGUGUCCAUCCUCCUGAGCUGCUGCAAGGCAUCGGGGAGCAUCACCCAGGCUAUCUGUGCUUGUACAUGGAGAAAGAUGAGCUACUUGGUACCACGCUUAUCCUUGCCUGGGUCCCAAACUCCCGCAUCCAGAGGCAGGAUGAAGAAGCCCUGCGCUAUGUUACCCCUGAGAGCUCCCCCGUCCGGAAAGCUCCCCGCAAACGUGGCCGGCACACUCAGGGUUUCGGCAUUGUCCGGCAGGCUUCCCCCACGGAGCAGAAAGACGCAGUGAUCCUGAAGGAAGAAGACAUCUUGGCUGUGGCACAGCUUGUGAAAGACGCGGCUUAUGUCAGCUCUCCUUCUUCAGAAGGGGAAAAGCUCUCCCAGGGCUGCCCGGCAGCGGACAGUGCCCGCCAGUCCCCCCAGCCUGCCCACAGCGACUCAGGAACCUUAUCGACAAUCAGUUCUCAGGAUGAGCAGAACAGGUCGGAGCUGUCCGUGGAGGGGCCGGAGGAAGGUCUGGACUGCAGGCCGGAGCAGGGGGAGGACGAGGGCUCCUUGGAGCUGUCUGUCGAUGAUGUGAGCAGGGACAGUACUUUUGACUCUGAUUCUGAUGCCUUCUCUUCCCCCUUCUGCCUCUCUCCCAUUAGUGAAGCCCUUGGGAAAAGCAGUAGUUCUGUGUUUCUGGAUAAUGAAAGCAGGGACACAUGUGACAACCGCAUGACCUGCUCCACCAGCUCCGCUUCUAGCCUCGACACCAGUGCCCAGUUCCAGGAGAGUAACGGGCAAACGCAGAACACCAGAUGGGACGAGCAGCAGAAAGUAUUUGCCCUAGAGCAGAUCUGUGGUGUCUUUAGAGUGGACCUGGGACAGAUGAGGUCCCUUCGCCUUUUCUUUAGCGACGAGGCCUGCACCUGCGGACAGCUGGUUGUUGCGAGCAGGGAGAGUCAAUACAAGAUCUUCCAUUUUCACCACGGUGGCCUGGAUAAACUGUCUGAGGUGUUUCAGCAAUGGAAGUACUGCACCGAGACCCACCUCAAAGAGCAGCAGCUUACGGAUGACAAGACAUGUAUGCAGUUCUCCAUCCGUCGUCCCAAGUUGCCGUCCUCAGAGACCCAUCCGGAGGAGAACGCGUACAAGCGCCUCGACGUCUCUGCCUGGCUCCAUCACCUGAAUGAAUCCGGACAGGUGGAAGAAGAGUACAAGCUGCAGAAGGCCAUUUUCUUUGGUGGGAUUGAUAUUUCCAUCCGUGGGGAAGUGUGGCCCUUUUUGCUGCACUACUACAGCUAUGAGUCCACCUCUGAAGAGAGGGAGGCACUGAGGAUGCAGAAGAGGAAAGAAUACUUUGAGAUCCAGGAGAAAAGACUGUCAAUGACUCCAGACGAACACAAGGAUUUCUGGCGUAAAGUGCAGUUCACAGUAGAUAAAGACGUCGUGAGGACUGACCGCAGCAACCAGUUCUUUCGAGGGGAGGGCAAUCCAAAUGUGGAAACUAUGAGGAGGAUCUUGCUGAACUAUGCAGUGUUUAACCCAACAAUCGGAUACUCCCAAGGGAUGUCUGACCUGGUUGCCCCGAUCCUGGCAGAGGUCCUAGAUGAGUCAGAUACUUUCUGGUGCUUUGUGGGAUUGAUGCAGAAUACGAUCUUCUUCAGCUCACCCCGGGAUGAGGAUAUGGAGAAACAGCUGAUGUACCUGCGAGAGCUGCUACGGCUCAUGCACCCACGCUUCUACCAGCACCUGCUUUCCUUGGGAGAGGAUGGCCUGCAGAUGCUUUUCUGUCACCGUUGGAUCCUCCUCUGUUUUAAACGUGAAUUUCCAGAUGCUGAGGCUUUGCGCAUGUGGGAAGCAUGCUGGGCUCACUAUCAGACUGACUAUUUCCACCUCUUUAUCUGUGUGGCCAUAGUGGUGAUUUAUGGGGAUGACGUCAUUGAACAACAGCUGGCCACUGACCAGAUGCUGCUGCAUUUCGGCAACCUGGCUAUGCACAUGAACGGAGAACUUGUACUCAGGAAGGCGAGAAGUCUGCUCUAUCAGUUCCACCUGCUGCCCCGCAUCCCCUGCAGCCUGCAUGACCUGUGCAGGCUGUGCGGGACAGGGAUGUGGGACAGCGGCUUCAUCCCCGCCGUGGAGUGCUCCGGCCAUCACCCGGAGUCUGAGAGCUGCCCGUACGGGGGACUGGCGGAAGUGUCUUCUCCUAAACCGGGAAGUGAAGGCAAGAGAGGCUUGAAAACACGCGACGUCUUUGCUUUCCGAAAAUAGCUGCAGAGGAACAGGGCGUAGCAGCAGCAGAAGGAAGGGCAGGAAGGAUAUGUAUAGGAGAAAAACGUUAAAGACAAGAAUGGAGGGAUAGCUUGUCGAGACUCCUGAGAAGACUGAAAGGUGGAGAAUGGAAGAGGAAUGAAAUUACUUUACAGGGGGAAGCAAAUCCCAUUCCACUAAGUAGUGGAACCAGAGUGAAACGUAUCAAACCAGGAACAGUGUUUGCACAUUUUUGAAUUUGAUUUGGUUAGAAAUAUGAAGCAUUUCUAGAUCUUAACGAGGACCUGCUAUUCUGCCUCUUGCAUUGGACUGGUUAGCAACCAAAACUGCGUUACUUGCUGAUGAGAAAUGAGAACAUUCAAGAGAGCCAAGUACAACUGGCAGCAUUUGCGGGUCAAGUGGAGAGAGCAGAGCUGUGGCAAGAUCUCUUCUCUCUGUGAUGUCCUUCCAUCCAGAGCAAACUGCACGCAAGCGCUCUCUGCUUCAACCAAAACAUGCAGCUUAGUGGCUUCUCUCUAAAGCCAUGAUGAUCAUUUUGAUUAUAUCUGCCAAAAAUAAAACUGCAAACUUUUGGGAUUGCAGGGAGGGUAUGUCAUUUGUUGGCGAGGUAGAACUGGUCACCUAAAGGUCUGUCUCUCGCCUUUUCUUUUUUUAUACAGUAUACUUGCUAGCAUGAUUUUUUCCUAUUUGUACUGAAAGUGUGCAGCCACGGGUCUUCAAGCACUGCUUUUCUGUAUUCAGGGUAUUUCACAGACAUGUUUCAAAGUUUACUUCCCCAUUAUAUUGCAGCAAAGCUGCUUCUUUAUGCUGGCAACUACAGACUUUAGACACUUGUUUAUAGAAGGCUGUUGUUUCCAGUGUGUUUCCCAAUGUGUUUCCCUUGGCUCUCAUCAACUACUGGUUAUUUUCUGUCCUUAUCUGUCUUCACCAUAGGCUGUAGCAUCUUUAGAUGCUUCAGCUGGUAUCAGCGAUGUGCCCUGCUACCCUUCCCGAGAUGGAAACAAAACUUAAUUUGUUGCAGUCAUUUCUGCUGAGCUCUGUCUUUGACAACAGUUUCCUUUGCAUUAUUUUUGAGAGGACGGCAAGUUUCUCCUGUUACCUUCUAAAACAUAUGCCAAGUGGAAGUGGAGCUGGGACCUUGAGCACAGCUGUGUUGCCAAAUACAGAAUGUCGUAACCAAAUUCAGUGGCAUCCAAAGGUGUGUCCUGAGCCAAAGUUUGUGCCAAAUAGAGCCUGGAGAAUAGCUCCCUUGUAAGAAUGAUAAAGUAGACGGGGUGAAAGUGGAUUGCACUGCCCUUGCUGCUUCCUUCUGCAUGGCGUGUGAAGUCUUGGUGUCUUUUUACUGUUGUCUUGCUCCCUCUCGUGUGAACCACACCACUUCUUUUAUACAACCGUGUCUUGGUCUGGCGAGGUGGGAAGUCCAUGCUAACUUCUCAGCUUUGUCUGCUAGGCAUGUUUGCUUUAUUAGUAGCAUGUGUGGAAAACCCUGUAUGCUCGUGCUUGCUGCUGCAGCAGGUACCUCCAGCUGACAGGCAGACCUCUCGAAAAGCCUUGCCGCAAGGUCUCAUCCCUAGCCCGUUUGCAGCUGCAGUCCUGGAGCACGUGUGCUGUGUACCCACGGGGAAGCGGGGCUGGCACUGGGGAUGUCUGUGUGAAAGCACCGGGCACCAGAUGCGUGCUGUAUCUGAGGGGAGGAAGCCUUGACCCACAAGUGCUCUUAUGUGGUGGAAGGACAGUUUGGCUCCGGACUUGUGUGAAGUCUCUCCCUUUAAUUCGAAGGAUGAAAACCUUCUCCUUGAUGAGAGCAACUGUGAAGCCCGUUACCAUCGUGCACCCCUCUGAAACAGCCCAGCUUGUGGGAGUGACCUGGGCUGUAAGGCUGCAGUUGUGCGCUGGGAUCGUAUGAGGUGACACCUCGUAUACAGGCUGGUGGCUGCUUUGCCGUGAAGCAGGGAGUUCGUUGAGAUUUAUGACGUUUCAGUGAAUAAUGCAAGUUUGCGUGAGGCCUUGGUGUGGCACGUUGCUGUACAGGCUGGGCACUGUACCGUGUAGUCAGGCCUGCAGAGCUGGGCUCGGCUGGACCCCCCCCCCUCAGCCUGAGCUAGUUCUUUUGCAGUCGCAUGAAGAAGAGCCUUGCUGGGUGUCGGGUCUGUGUGGUUCUCGCCAGGCUGCACGGGGCAGAGCGGCAGGCCCGGGCUUCAGCCGGGCGAUGCCUGCAAACACUCCACGCGCUCCCGCAGGCGCGAGCUCCCAGUGGCAGUGGCUGAACUAGCUUCACAAAAACGGCGCGUUAGAAAGCGCCUGAACCAUCCGCCUGCAGACCGGCACGGCAGCCCCGCGUCCUCACGUGUGACGGGGACCGCUGCGAGGCCUCCGCACCGCCCGGGCCAGCGCCGGUGCCUCCCCGGGCGCGUGGGCAGCUCUGCAGACGCUGCGCGCUCGGCACGGCCCGGGCCAGCGUGGCGGAGCUGGGAGGGACCAGCAGCCACACCUACCCGGGGAUCCCGAGCUGGUUCUGCUGCAACGGCCGUUCCCAGCCAACAGAAGACAAUGGGAGGAGAUGGAGCAGAUAAUUUUUAGCAUUAUUUUUCCACUAUUAAAAUGCCAUUCAGCAAUGUGGAAAUCACUCAGGAUUUGUUUAAUUAAAGACUCUGCACUGGAAUUCUCCAGCCUGGGAAAAAGCCGGCUUUUUCUCAUAGAAACAGAGCCCAGCGGUGUGGGAGCAUCUCUACCGAGCCAGUGCCUACCCCUCCCGUGCCUGGUGUCACCCGCGGAUCCCGCUGCCAGAGGGGAUUUCAGGUGUCUUUCCAGGCCGGUGCCCUGUUGUUCGCUGUUGACAGCUUCUGGAGCGUCUUUAAUACGCUGGAUUCCACUUUACCAUCGUCAGAGUAAUAAAGAGACAGAGCUAAUAACCCGGGCUGCUUCCUGUUUGCCAGGGCACAGCCUUGUCCUGGAUAACUUGAUUCCAGUGUCAGGCUGCUCGUGAACUCCUGAUACCAUUAUUAAAUUCUCACUGGACAUCCACAGACGUCGGGGCUUAUCGAAAUGCUGAGCCGCUGGAGCAGCGCCGGUGGCCGCGUCCCCGGCAGUGUGGCGGGGGGAGACGGGGGCAGCUGGCCGGUUGGGCUCGUGGUCUGUCCGUCGUGGAGAGCUGGACACUCGCGUCUCACCUAACAUUUGUUACCACGUAAAGGCAGAUGUCUUCCCCCAAGAUCUCCUGGGGGUUGCGUGUGCUGUGGUGUUCCUCGCACUGCUCAUGCCUCCAGCAUGAAGUUUCACAAAACUUAAUGCAAUCUGGGGAGCCUCUGUCCCUGCUAAUUGGGGAGAAUAAUGACAAGAGCAGCAAGACCAAGCGGCAGGAGACAAACGCUUGUGUGAAGGAUGGGGUGAGCGGAUUUGCCGGCACUUCACGCUCCCCUCCGGCCCCAUCACCCGUCAACGGUGGAAGGGAAGGAGCCCUCCCAGCUCAGACAUUUAGAAGCAAAAAGCGUGAUGAGGUUUCACACCACCUUGGAAUAAAAGCAGAGACUUGGGAGGAGUCCCCAGCAGAGGCCGCAGCCAGCGCGCCGUGAUGGGCCGUUGCCCAAGAGGUGAGCUGCAAAGGCGGCCGGAGCCCCGCCAGCGGGACGGGUAAGGCCUCUCGCUGACAGGAGUAUAUUCCCGAGUCCAAGAUGUGUUUGAGAUUCCGCCUGGCUCCGGCAGGAAAGAUCAGGUCCCGCAGCCGGGCGCUGAGGACCCUCCGUGGGACCCCGCAGAGUCCCUGAGCCAAGGGACGCUCCGGUUUGCAGGCGGCAGCUCUCUGCUCCGCAUGGCCGCUGCCUGCACCGCUCAUUUUCUGUCUUAGUAAUCACAGACAAGCCGACUGGCUAUGCUUUUUGGCUACUUUAUAUACUUUAUUUUAUUGCAAUGUAGCAAAUAUGCAAUAAAUUAUACUCCAGCAGCUGCUACACCUCAUAAGGUGCAAUGGGAUGUUUUCCUUGGUUAUACUUAGCCAAGGAAUUGCCUCUUUCCAGUGAAACUUCCAACCGCGACCGAGGGCCAGGCGGCUGCAGCCACCCCGCCGGCGUCCCCGGGCCGCUGAGCCUGCCCACGCUGCCGUGGCCUCCGUCCAGAGCUGCCACCGACUCCAGGCCGUGAGGAGCUCCCUUGCGGAAAGCUGCGCAGGAACCACAGACAAGCUGCUUCUGUCUGCGUAUGAUGCUUGGCUAACCUUGAUGGUGACAGAGGUGGCCAGGUGAUGUUCACCUGCAGCGCAGCUGGGCAAUAAGCAGCCUCCAAGGUGCUCUUCUCUCCAAAGGUUUUUCAGGGACCGCCGAUUUCCUCCCCCACCUUCCCGGCUGGCCGCGCCGGGUCCGAGGCUUGCUCGUGUUUGCUGGCAGUGGUGAGGAAGCAGCGUCUGGAGACGAAAAUGCUGGGGAGCUGGAUGUACCAAGCAGGCAAAGGAACAGCUUUCCCAAGCUGGAAGAUCGCUCCUUCCCUUCCUGCGGGUGUGUGGGAAAGGGUCAGGCCCAGCUGCUGCAGUGAGAGAGGUCGCAGUCACGGUGAUGCACACUGUCGGCAUCACGCCAUCUCCGAGCCUGUGCAUUCAGCCUUCCCUCCUUCCACCAGCCGCUGCCGGGAGAAAAGGGUUAAGAAGCAACAAGACCGAGGAGUGAGACCAGGGAAUUCAGCUGCUGACGCAGAGCUGGCUGGCUUCACCGUAUUUCCUCCACAUCUGCUGGAAACCAGCUCACCGAACACCUCUCUCAGCUUCAGUCCUCAACUUGUAUUACAGAAGUUCCUAAAUCAGCUGGGUUCAGCUGGAACUUUUGUACUGACAUCACCACCACGACAUCCGCCACUCUGAUGCUUAGCGAGCCUCGAGUUCACUGCUCCUUCCUCCCCUCCGUUCCUGCCCCGUUUCCCCCGCGAGCCGGCCCCAGAGCCCAAGCGUUCCCCGAGAGGGAUUAGCCGUGUCUUCAGCCUACGUUUCAUUCUCCUCUUUUCUGCUGAUGUUGCCAGUCUCUCCUGCUCUCCAUUCUUCCCGUCGCGGGGUUUGCAACACCUCCUGAUUUAGUGUCAGCUGCAAACACGCUCCGUGUGCCAUGUACUGCCACUCCCACUCCAUUAAGGAAGAUGUAAAAUAAGACCAAGCCUGGCUUCACGAGUCCUGUAAAACGUACUUGAGAUUAAAUCGGCGGGUUUAUUUUGAAAUGCCA